AUGCAGCCGACUACAUUCCUCGUUGCCUCUCUGGCCGGUGUUGUCAUCGCACAAGAUGGCGCUGCCGCAGCAUCUAGCGCUUCGUCCUACGCCGCUGCUCAGGCCAGCGUCCAGUCCGCGCUCUACUCCCUGCAGACCGCCGUGACUGCGACAGGUGAAGAGAGAAACUCCAUCUUCGCUUCUCUCCAGUCUUCCGCCGUGGCUGCUCAGGCCUCCUUGGCUAGCCAGUUCAACUCGAACCUGGGCAUCACCCAAACCAGCCCUUCCGCGACUGAGACUUCUGCGCCCUCUGGCUCUGCCUCUGAGACCGGCUCUCAGACCGGAUCAGGCUCCGAGUCUGCGUCCGGAUCGGCUACCGGUACUGCCUCCGAGUCGACCAUCACGUCUGAGUCGACUUCGACUUCCGUUUCCACGUCGACUGCCAGCGACAACUCGGAGACCUCGUCCACUUCUCGCAGCACCGGCACUCGCACCAGCAGCAGCACCGGCACCAGCACUGAGAGCAGCAGCAGCUCGAGCAGCUCUGCCGCUUCCGCUGCGGGCACUGUCGCCCUGCCCGGACUCGGAGCCCUUGCUGCUCUGUUUGUCGCUCUCUUCUAA